CUCAGCUUCAACCCCCCCGUCUCACUCUGACUUCAACACAACUCGGUCCGCUUGCGAACCACCCAAGUCCGCUUACUUGUCGUCUGCGCUCUCCGUUCCUUCAAUACGCUCUUUUAAAGUCCUAUCUCGCUUCCUGUACGAUCUGCCACACCUCCAUCUUCGAGUUUCUUUUCUACUCCGAAAUCGGUUCCAGAACGCGUGCCCCCGGACGAUGCCUUUAUGAUUGCCUCCUCCAUUUCAGCACCGCUGGUUUUCUCGAUCGAACGUUCUUUAAGAUGAGUCUUGCUGGUAGCAGUGGCCAUGAGGCGCAGCCACUCUCACCGAGUCCGGCACAUAUGGCCACUACAACCCUCAAAGUCGACGGAAUGACUUGCGGUGCCUGCACCUCCGCCGUGGAGUCAGGGUUCAAGGGUGUCGAGGGCGCCGGUGCUGUUUCGGUCAGCUUAAUGAUGGGAAGAGCCGUAAUACAUCAUGAUCCCAAGAAGUUGUCUCCCGAGCAGAUAGCAGAGAUCAUUGAGGACCGUGGUUUCGAUGCCGAAGUCCUCUCCACCGAUAUGCCCAAACCUCCCCCUCUGUCCAUCUCGACCGGAGCAUCCAAUUCAGAACCCCGGCUCACCACCACAACGAUAUCCAUACAAGGAAUGACUUGCGGGGCAUGUACUUCUUCGGUGGAGGCCGGCUUCAAGGAUGUUCCGGGUGUAAAAAGCAUGAGUGUUUCCCUUCUGGCGGAGCGAGCAAUCGUCCAGCAUGACGCAAACAUCAUCAAUGCCGACGCCCUGGCCGAAAUCAUCGAAGAUCGAGGAUUUGAUGCCACCGUGAUCGAUUCAAAACUCCCAGAGGCCACGAGGCCCAUUGGCGGGAAUGAAGAAGCUAAUGAGCCGUCGCAUACAUGGACUACCACUGUGGCCAUCGAGGGCAUGACUUGCGGAGCUUGCACCUCUUCUGUCGAGGGUGCUUUCAAGAACGUCCCCGGUCUGGUCAAGUUCAACAUAAGCCUCCUGGCCGAACGAGCGGUCAUCUCCCAUGAUCCAGUUGCCCUCCCCUCCGAGAAGAUCGUGGAACUCAUUGAGGACGCUGGUUUCGAUGCCAAGAUUGUGUCCUCUCAAGCGGAGACCAAUGUUCAGAGCACACACGUUUCUCAGCAGCUCAAGAUUUAUGGCCUUCCAGAUGGACAGACAGCCACUGAGCUGGAAAACAACCUGAGAGCAAAGCCGGGCGUCAAGAGUGCGGUGAUUAGUCUUUCCACGUCCCGCGCCACCAUUUCCUACGACCCUGCCCUCAUCGGUCUUCGAAUGCUUGUCGCGGUCAUCGAGGACGCUGGGUUCAAUGCCUUGGUUGCAGACUCGGAAGACAACAACGCGCAAUUGGAAUCUCUCGCCAAAACAAAAGAAAUCCAGGAGUGGAAGAAAGCAUUUCUCACGUCCUUGGGCUUUGCGAUCCCCGUGUUUUUGAUCAGCAUGAUCAUACCCAUGUUCUUCAAGUCUAUAAACUUCGGGGGCAUUGAGAUCAUUCCAGGACUCCUUUUGGGCGACGUCAUCUGCCUUGCCCUGACAAUUCCUGUACAAUUCGGCAUUGGGAAGCGUUUUUACAUUUCAGCAUACAAAAGUUUGAAGCACAAGUCACCGACCAUGGACGUGUUGGUCGUGUUGGGCACUUCAACGGCGUUUUUCUUCAGCUGUUUUGCCGUCAUUGUGGCGGUCUUGAUACCCCCUCACAACAAGCCUAGCACCAUCUUCGACACUAGCACCAUGCUUAUCACAUUCAUUACCCUUGGGCGAUGGCUCGAAAACCGAGCAAAAGGCCAGACAUCAAGAGCUCUGUCUCAACUGAUGUCUUUGGCGCCUAGUAUGGCGACCAUAUACGAGGACCCUCUGUACGCCGAGAAGCUCGCCGAUGCCUGGACAGCUCCAUCGUCUCCGGUGCUCGAGAAGACACCAACCACGGAUUUGAGGAGAGUGCCAUCAGGGCCGGGCCCGUCGGGUCCUUCUGCGAUCGAAAAGACCAUUCCAACUGAGCUUAUCGAAGUGGGAGACGUUGUCAUCCUUCGACCCGGCGAUAAGAUACCUGCUGAUGGAGUUGUUACCCGCGGGGAGAGCUUUGUGGAUGAAAGCAUGGUCACUGGUGAGCCCAUGCCUAUUCAAAAGAAGAAGGGCAGUACCCUCAUAGCAGGUACCGUCAAUGGUGCCGGCAAGAUCGAUUUCAAAGUCACACGUGCUGGGAAGGACACGCAGCUUAGCCAAAUUGUCAACCUUGUGCAAGAGGCCCAGACGAGUCGAGCACCUAUUCAGCGCAUGGCAGAUCUGGUGGCAGGUUACUUUGUCCCCAUCAUCAUCCUUCUCGGUUUAAUCACGUUCGUUGGGUGGAUGGUUCUAAGCCAUAUCAUGCCGAAUCCUCCGAAAAUCUUUCUGGACAAACAGAAUGGUGGGAAGUUCAUGGUCUGCCUGAAGCUCUGCAUCUCGGUCAUUGUUUUCGCUUGCCCUUGCGCUCUCGGAUUGGCAACACCAACCGCGGUCAUGGUUGGAACUGGGACUGCUUCGCAACAAGGAAUCCUCGUCAAGGGAGGUGCUGCUCUUGAAACAGCCACCCGUAUCACACAUGUCGUACUGGACAAGACCGGUACCUUGACAUUUGGGAAACUGAACGUCGCUGACAUAAGCUAUGCAGCUCUCUGGAGCUCCAACGAAUGGCGUCAGAAACUGUGGUGGACGCUUGUUGGUCUCGCUGAGACAGGAUCUGAACACCCCAUCGCGAGAUCCAUUGUUAUUGCUGCCAAGGACAAACUCGGUCUGGAAGUAGAAGAAGGCCUUCCCGGGCAGGUCGGCACCUUUGGCGUCACUGUUGGUCAAGGAGUAUCAGCUAUCAUUGAGCUCAACAACCCGGGUGACGAAACCAAGUAUAAGGUUUACGUCGGCAACGCUACGUUUCUCGCCAACAAGAAGAUCGAUAUACCGGCCGACGUUGAGAACGCAGUCAACGCGGCUCUGUCUCCCACGACCCGCACUAAAUCCAAGACUGGAAUAACGACCAUCUAUGUUGCGAUUAACGGCCAAUACGCAGGCCAUAUCGGCCUCUCUGACACGCUUAAACCUACAGCCCACGCCGCCAUCACUGCCUUGCACAAAAUGGGUAUUUCCACCAGCCUCGUUACUGGAGAUACAUAUAACACGGCCCUCUCCAUUGCUGAACUAGUGGGCAUUCCUCGAGAGUGCAUUCGCGCGUCUGUCUCUCCUGGUGAAAAGCAGACCAUCAUUUCAGACUUUCAAUCUCAAGGCGAAAUUGUCGCUAUGGUUGGAGACGGCAUCAACGACUCUCCGGCUCUUGCGACCGCUGACGUCGGCAUUGGUCUUGUUUCUGGGAGCGAUAUCGCCGUCGAAGCCGCAGAUAUUGUGAUCAUGCGCUCGGACGACCUGCUCAAUAUCCCGACCGCCCUUCAUCUGUGCCGUGUCAUAUUCCGCCGGAUCAAGGUCAACCUGGUAUGGGCCUGUGCGUACAACGUUAUCGGACUCCCGUUUGCAAUGGGCAUCUUCUUGCCGCUCGGCUAUCAUAUGCCCCCGUUGAUGAGCGCCACCGCGAUGAUGUUCAGCAGCAUUUCUGUGACGUUGAGCUCGUUGGCGUUGAGGUGGGUUGGCAGACCAAAAUGGUUGAGUGUUGAAGCCCUGAAAAUGGAGGGAGACAGAUACAGUGCGCCCAUCAUCGGAGCGAAGAGGAGGAAGAGGCUGAUGAAUAACGGCGGCUGGAUGGGCAGAAUCCAGGGACUUAGUGAGGCAAUGUUCGACAGACUCGAGGGCGUGGCAACGAGGAGAAGAGCGCAAGAGAGGGAACGGGGCAACUAUGUCCCAUUGCAGACUGUCGAGGCAGAUGCUGUGUAACGCCAACGGAGGACGGGACUUUUCAUGUCUCUUUGUUGUUUCAUAGCCCUUUGGAUACGGGCCUCAUAUAUACAUAUACACAUAUAUCAAAAGCUUCAGAGCUUUGUAAUAUACCACUGCCGUUCUUGCUUAGGCGUGGCAGAUCAUAUCUCCAGAUGAAUGCGCUGUACAUUUGUGGUAUUUCCCCUCAAGUUGCCG